CAGAAAGCACAGAUGAAGGCCCCACAGCCGCCUAUGGCCAUGCCGUUGCCCAGUGGCAUAGAUGAGUUUCAUUAACGGACUCAAGAAGUUCGCCACCACGACCGUGGGUCUGAUGGCCAUCGGCAUCGGCUCCACCGUCCUCAUUUAUACCGGCCAUCGGUUUAUUGUGAAACCCUACCAAUCCAAGCAACGACGCCUCCAAGCGGAAGCCUGUGCGGACUAUCUGUUUCAGCAGGAGGCCCAUCCGAUCCGCAGCGAUCUCCGAUAGAGAGCGAGCACUGUGUCCAGUAAUUUUACCACAUCCAUCAUAUAAAAUAUAUAUUACAUCCUUUUACGUAAACCCGAGGGAACAGUGAAGUUUUUAGGUUCAUAAAUUAAUCAUUGAUUUCAGUAGAGUAAAUGCAUUAGGUUAUUCAAUGAAAUUUUAUUGGAAGCAACAACAUGAAUUGAAUAAGUAAUGAAAACAAAGAAGCUAGCCAACCAGCCAAUAGAUAUGUUUAAACAUUGAAAUAAAUUCCAUAUAAAGAA